AUGGGAAAAGUUCACAGCAGUGAAAAGAAAUUCAGUGUUGCGCGUAAUAUAAAGCAAAGCUGGAGCAGUAAAAUAGAAGAUGGAAGCAAUGAAAACCUACCAAUAUUUAAACUCCAGCUGAAGGAAACAUGGCAGAACAGUGAUGGAUUAUGCAGAAGAUGCACAUUUGGGAAAGAAAAUGCAAAACCGAACAAGACCAUUAUGAUGAUCGGAGCCACAGGUGCAGGAAAAACCACUCUAAUCAACAGCAUGAUCAACUACAUUCUGGGAGUGCAAUGGGAAGACGACUUCUGGUUUGUGCUGAUAGAUGAAAGGAAGCAGAAAUCCCAGGCUGAAAGUCAGACAUCGGAGAUUACAGCAUAUCAGAUCAAUCACAUGAAUGGUUUCCACACUGAAUAUUCUCUGACUAUUGUGGACACACCAGGCUUCAGUGACACCAGAGGAAUUUCACAUGACCAGAAAAUCACAAAACAGAUUCAGGAUUUAUUUUCUGCCCGAGGAGGAAUCGACUGCAUUGAUGCCGUGUGUUUUGUAGUACAGGCUUCACUUGCCCGUCUGACACAAAUACAGAAAUACAUCUUUGACUCCAUUCUUUCCAUGUUUGGGAAGGAUAUCGCUGAAAACAUCCUUGUAAUGGUCACCUUUGCAGACGGGAAAACACCUCCUGUUCUCGAGGCCAUCAAAGUCUCUGAGGUGCCCUGUUCUACCAACGAGUCUGGAGAACCACUUCACUUCAAGUUCAACAACUCUGCUGUGUUUGCUACCAAUAAUAAAUCUGCAGAGGAUGAGGAGUCUGAUUGUGAAACCUUUGACCAAAUGUUCUGGAAUUUGGGAUUUUCUAGCAUGAAGAAAUUCUUCACAUCCCUUAACAAGAUGAUAACCAAGAGCUUGUCUCUGACACGGGAGGUCCUAAAAGAGCAGCAACAUCUGGAAGGCCUCCAGCCCCAAAUCAAUGCUGGUCUGACAAAACUGGAUGAAAUAAAAAAAACAAGAGCUGCUCUGCAGCAGCACAAGGCUGAAAUGGAUGCAAACAAGGAUUUUGAAUUUGAAGUACAAGCAAUUGUCACAAAACAGGCUACUUUUUGA